AUGAGCCCCCAACUAGUCUGGAUCCUGCUCAGCGCCCUGCUAGGGGCCGCUCUGGGACACAGAACGCGCUGCCAUGACCUCGGUGGAGGCCCCAGCAGCUCCUGCCAGAAGACGGUGAUCACCUGCCCCGAGGGCGAGCGCUGCAAACCUCAACCCAGCCCGGGACAAGCCAAGCAACCCCUGAGCCAGCAGCGCCCGGCCUGUGUGGCCACCCAUCAGGUGGGCGUGGAGCCGGUGGGAGACAUCACUUUCACGACUCACACAAAGUGCUGCUUUGGAGACGUGUGCAACCGCGCCGUGGCCAGCCCGGCCACCCCCUUCUGCAUCGUGGCGGCAGCUGUCACCACCCUGGCCUGGCUCUUGCCAGGGCUGUAGAGCGGACAGCGGGACUGACGGAAGAGAAGAGACUGAGGCUUCCCAGGAGUGAGUGACUGAACAGCCCAGAGAAGACAGG